AUGGCAGCAAUAGAUUCUUACUUCUUGGAACAUAAACUGAGGCAAAAUUCUCGUGCCAUUGCUGUCGCCCUUCUCGCCAUAUUAUUAAUGCUUUCAGAUGCCAGUCUCUCAUUAGCCACAAGGUUUCAACUCAACCCGGAAGCCACCCAAACACAGAACCCAGAAUGCAAUGUGGAUUGCUCGAAUCAGAGACCGAAGCCGUUCUGUGGUACCGAUGGGAGAACUUAUUUAUCAAAAUGUGAAGUGAAAAAAGCGAGGUGUCAGGGCUGGAAUGUGAGAAAAGAACAUAACGGCCCAUGUGCAGUAGAAUUAACAAAAUGUCAGUUAGAGCGGGCCCAGAAUCUCCAGCAACCUGACAGUACAUCCGUGUUUGUGCCACAAUGUAACGACGAUGGUAGUUAUGCUAUGAUACAAUGCCAUAAGUCCUUUGGUUAUUGUUGGUGUGUUACUGAGGAAGGAAAACCGAUUGCCGGUUCCUCGGUUAGGGAUGGAAACCCGACGUGUAACAGACAAGCCGAUGAACCGAUUGUCGAUAAUCCACCAACCUUCAAAGGAACUUCAUCAUCGUCUGGAGGUUCGAGGUGCAGACAAGACAAACGCGAAGAAUUCAACAAAAACCUGAAAAGGAUAUUCAAGGAAGAAUACGCCAGGCUUCCUCGAGCGGACAUCUCGCCGAUCCCCUUCUCGUCGUCGAGAGCGACUCUGGAAUGGGAGAAACAGGUAAUCGAGUGGAAGUUUGGUUCCCUCGACGCCAACGAGGACGCCAACCUCGACAGCAAAGAGCUCAAGCCAUUGCUCCGACUCAUGAAGAAGAUCAUCAAGCCAAAGGUCUGUGCCAAAGACUUUGUUAAGAUUUGCGAUCUCGAUGCUGAUGAUCGGCUGACCGAGAUGGAGUGGUCGCUGUGUUUAGGGGUCGACAAUAUCCUAUUCCCAGUUCGCGAUGGACAUUGGUCUGACUCAUCAGAUAAUGAAAACGAGCAACCAGAAGAACCGACGGUUGACAGUGGGGGUCCGCAAGACGCGAGUCCUCCGUUGUUAGUGACCAGACAGAUCCCACAUGGUGACAAUGCCGAUUCAGAUACUCAAAAUGUACCUGUCUUAUCGUGCGAAACGGAGAGACAACGUGCCCUUGAGGAACAGGAGAGAACGUCGGCAUCCGUAGUGUUCGUACCUCAGUGUACCGUCACUGGUGACUACACGGCUGUCCAGUGCCAUGAACAGAUGCAGUAUUGCUGGUGUGUCUAUGUGGACACAGGGAAACCUAUCCCAGGAACAUCUGUCAGAGAUUCUACCAAGGAAGACUGCAGUCCUUUGGCUACUUCAAGAGGUCCAAUCACACCAAGGGUCUUUGUCGAUUGUCCAGAUGAUAAAAAGAAGAGAUUUCUUAUUAAACUAAUAGAUAACAUAUACGCAGAAAUGACAGUUACAGAUGCACUUUUACUAGAAACAACUACGCAAGCAAUAGAAGACCUCAAUCCAAACCAUAGAGACGAAUCGAUAGUUUGGAAGUUCGGGCAACUGGAUAGAAAUGGUAAUAAUUACCUGGAAGCGAAAGAAACCGCACCGUUUGUACCUGAAAUCGACCAGAUAAAGUCGAGUAAGAAAUGUCGGAAUAAUUUCUUAGACUUCUGUGAUGGAAAUCAAGAUUCCAGACUAUCUCUUAAGGAAUGGCUCCACUGUUUUGACAUCACACCAGCCGUUGCAACGGAAGCUCCCCCCAGAAGAGGGCGAAAUCCAUUUAUUGACAGACUAACUUGAUGGGCGAAUGCUAGCCGAUUCCAGUCCCUACAGUGUACGUCAUCUUUCACCGAAUGAAAUGCUCGGCAUGUCAAACAGCUCUGCCCAAUGUUUCUUAUUAAAGACAAUAUUAUACUGAAUUAAAAGUAAAACCAACUCCAUGCUAUGAUGUCAUAUCGGAGAAUAGACAAGAGAAUUCGACUUAUGAAUUCAAUAUUAUGGCAUGUGCAGCGUGGUGUAUGGAUGUGGAAACUUCAAGAUUGCGAUGCAGGAUUUGCAUUAAAGACCGACCUGCUCUUGUGCGAGUGAUCCAUUUUGGAGUACGAUCUUCUGAUUCUCCUUUGGAAAUGCAACUAUUCAGCUGUUUAUGUGUGUAUCUUUUUUGUUGUUGUCAUAAAUCAGAUAAAAUGGAAGGAGGUGAUCAGUUGUUGAUCGGAGAAUGAACUCCCAGUUUUAGAAGACAACUGAUUCAUCAUCAUUAGCCUUGACAAGGAAAGUCGAUGAACUGAAAUUUCCUUCCGUCAGUCAAUCGCUUCAUAGCAAUAUUAUCGCGAUGGAAACGUAUGACCGCGAAAAAAAAUGCGCAGGAAAAAGUCGCGAUGAAAACAAUUUGGCAGCGAUGAUUCCUUGACUCUAUGGAAUGGAAAGAAACUUCAGAGGAUAACCAUUCAUCUUAUAGAAAAGUGGAUCAUUGUCAGAUGUUUACAAGAGUUAAUUGGUUUCGGACAAGGCAUAUACCGCAUCGUCUGCAACGGGGAAGGUCUACAAAAACUAAUUUGGUGAUACCGCUGCUUAUGUUACCGCCUACUUCGGUAGAUUCUGAGGUUUAUUUUAAUGACAUCAACAUACUCAUGAAACUUCAGCCUUUUCUCCACUACUCCUAUGUGACUCAUCAUCUUGAAGAGGCUGGCUUGGGCAUCAAUCAUCUCGGAAAUGGGGUUGUCUCAAUGCCACUGACACUUUAACAUCAAUAAUAGGCAGGAGGGGGGGGGGUUCUGUCACAAAAUGGUUUCUUAAUCACCGGAUUAUAUUGGACCAUUGUAGAUUUUAAAACACUGCAUUUAAUUUGUUUUCAAUGUUGAUAAAUUAAUUAUUUUUUAAAGUCUAUAAUUUUCAUCUUAUGUAAUGCGUCAUUUUUUUCUCUGGUAUUUUUCUACUUCUAACCGCCCUGCUUUUAUUUCGAUAUGAAAUAUCAAACCUUCUUUCUAUCCUCCGAAACCUCAUUCACUCUUUGUUCCAUCAUUCUUUCUUCACCCCCCCUCUCUUUCUCUAUCUUCCUUUUUACAUAAUAAGAUACUGUAAAUCACUUGGUUCCGAGUCACCUCUGUUACUUUUCUUUUAUCUGUGGCGUAAUGUGCCCCAAAAAAUUGAGGGGGCCAGAAUGGUGGGUGGAGCAAAAUUAAUAAAGAGAUGCAAAGUCGGCAAGUCGAGCGAGCAACAUUUUUGACCUUUUUUUUCAAUACAAACGUCAAUUUUUAAAAUAGAUUUUGACAUGAUAUUCAGAAUAUCAUAUAGGCCUAAUAUUCUACUAUAUCCCUUCCCUUUCCUAUCAUUUCCUUUUUUGUCUUGGUCGUGAAAGCAAGCCCCACCCCCCUUUCCCAGCUGUACGCUAGUGAUUCUACCUUGAUAUAUGGAGAUAUCUUGUAGUCAUGACGUGAGAGUCCUGUGUGCUUUCAAUGUAUGCCCCUCAACCCUCAGUGACCAAAAGAAAAUUCUAUCAUUCCAGCGAACCACACUGACAAGGGUCAAAAUUUAUGUAGCAUGAAUUUCCUGAGCUCUUAGGGGGAAACCCGCUCUCAUUUUAAGCGUUUUUAUUCCCUGCCCGACAAAUAAAAUUUAUUUUUAGAAUUGAAUUAUUUUAAGAUGUAUCUCUAAAAUCAUUCACUGACUGGCAUUUUUUUUAUUUGUCCCGUUCUCUUCGCCCCCCCCCCUCCACUCUUCAAUCUGUUCCUCUCAUUUUCGUACGCCCUCUCCUUCUUUUUAUGUUCAAAGAGUUGUUAGGGAAGCGAAUUGGCUUGAACAAUAACACUUAUGAACUUCAUUUUAUAAAUUAUGCGGGGAAAUGGUUUAAAGAAAAUAUUUAUCAUUUAUUAAAGGUCAUGUAUGUCCUUUAUCAAACAAGAUUUGAAUCAAUGUGUUAUAUUACUAUUGUGGUAAAUUCAAUUGAAAACCGUAUUUUAAAAUGUUUUUCAACUGCCAUAUGAAGAUGAUAUCGUUUUAAACAAUUAUGUUUAAAGUGAAGCAAAUUUUUAAAGCAAAUGAAAAAAAAAUGAGGUCAUGACCCCACCCAGAAUAAUGCCUUGCUUUUUUGAAUGAAAAGGAAAUGUUUCAUUUGCAUUAUGAUGUACAAAUUGUAACCCAAAGAAUGUACGUUUGUAACUUAAUGUCAUUAGCAGUAUCACUUGGAGGGCGAUGGCCUUCGCAGACGUUAAAUGAGCGCGGUAGAUUCGCUUUAUUCUUUUCACCCUAAUUGAAUUUGACGAAGACUUACGCAUCAUGAUUUAAACUAGUGCACAUGCAGGAUUUCUGUUUUCCUAACUUUAUUUGGGGACAUAUAUGUUCUUCGUUGUACACACAAGAUAAUGUUUGAGAGUACUUUUUUUUCUGAUGAGAACCCCUUGUAUUUUUUUUAUUUAAUGACGGAUGAAAUAUUUAGUGUGAUUUUCUUUGUAGAAUUCACGCUAUUUCGAUUAAAAUGAAUGAGCGAGAUAAGUCCCACUUAUUCCCCGCGAAUUUGUCAGUGUUAUGAACACAAAACUUACAAUAUGGUUGUACAUCAAUGUUCAGCGUUUACAUUUAUUCUUAAAAUUUAUUAAAUGAGUGGUUUGGGGAGAAUGAACAAGAACUGACGCGCAACAAUAUUAAUGUUUUUAUAUGGUGAAAACUUACAACAGCAAUAUAUUAUUCGUGUAAAUAGUGCCCAAUAAACUUCGACUGUAUUAUUCAUGUUAUUGUGGAUAUAUUGUGCUUGGAAAUUUGUAUUCAUGUUCAGAAAAUGUUGUUAAGAAAUCUUGUGAAUUAAAUGCAGCGAUGUGUUUGGUAGCCAGCUGUAUGGAAUAGGUGCAUUACAAAAUAGUUUGCAUUCCCAUGGAGACCACUAUUACCACAGUCUCUACCGUUUGAAUAACAAAUGUUCUGAUCUUUAAGAACGAUUGACCAUUUGCAAUUUCGAUUAGUAUUGUAGGAAGUAUAGAAAAAGUAUUUUGAAAAGGUCAUUAACUUGGAAGUGUACAUAUUGCUUGUCAUUUUUCCUCGUUACGUAGACAAACAAUGUAAAAAAAAAAUAAUUUCUAGACCAAAAAAGCAUCGUAGAACAAAUGUGUUGUCAGAGGGUCAAAUAUAUCACAAUGAUAAUCUUUGAUAAAAUUAAUACAGGUAUUUUAGAAUUAAGGAAUGAGAGAGAUUAGAAUAAUUACGAGAAUUGCUUGAAAACAAAAAUUAUACCGUCUACAUGGUCUAUCCAUCCCUAAGCAUUGUGUUUUAAAGGAGGCAAUACUGGAGUAGUGAAAACAUAAUUCUCCUCUUGUUUUUUUUUUUUUUAAGUUUAUAUAUUUUUAUAUUUAUUUCACAAUAUGUGAUUCAUUUUGGCAAUACAGUUUGAAGUAUUUUAUCAAGAGAGUAAAAUUUUGAUUGCAUGGAUGUAUCCAUCACUAACAGUUUUCAAUCCUGUCCCGCGAAUACUAUAUGUUAUUUCCCAACUUUAGAAGUGGGCAAAUGGAGAAAGCUUCAAUAAAGAUAGAGAAAUUUAUAUUUUAAUAUGAAAGAGUGACCUUCAUCAGAGUCUAAAGAUAAUUCUAGGAGGAUAUAGGAAAUUAAUGAACAGAAAUUUGAGGUAAAACAUUUUCGAUGGUGCAAAUGAAUAUUUACCGCUUGUGGUUUCAUGGAGGGGAACAAGGUCAAGAAUGAUGAAAAAAUUAUUUUAAAAACUUCCGGGAUAAUACGAGAGUUGCUAUUCUUUUAACAGUUAUGAAUAUAAACUCUAGUUAUACCUUAUGAAUAUAAACUAGUUAUACCAGUGUCAAAACUUCAUUACACAUGAUUAUUGAUAAAGCUCUAUAGAAUUUCAGAUAUAAUGCAAACAGGAUCAUGAAUACUUGAUUUAUGAAUGUAUUUUCAAAAACAUCAAUUCGAAGCAUGACACUAUAAGCAUUCAUAUGAUUUUGAGACCGAUUGAACCGUCAAUUUUUCCACGAUUUAAUUGAGUUGUAAACAAAUAACCCCCUCAAAUAAAAUAAUUUCUUGAAAUUGGGAUAGAUUAGGUAAUUUGAAAAUUUCUUUCAUUUUUUUAUUUCAAUUAUGUUGGUUAUUCGACUGCUUGUUAUGUUGUUUCAAGCCAAUACGUUUCACUUUAAUCAUAAUUUAAGGGUCAUAAAUAUAAACAUUAAUGGUUUCUUAUAUAAACAUUAAAUUAUCAAUAAAAGUCAUAUUCAUCAAUACAAAUAUUUGUAAUGAGGAUUGGACAUUUGUUUUUCAAUCUUGAAAGUGUACAUAUACUAGUAUUAUAUAAAAAGUAUUUGAAUAUGUCCAGAAAUUCAUAUGCAACAGAAUAGAAGUGUGAAUUAAUUUUGCCAAGAGUUUUAAUAAAUUGUUUGUUACCACUGCA